GUCCAAAGAGAUGAAGCUCCGUGCGGAGGUGCGGGUGCGCUCGCAUCGCAUCGCAUGGGAGCUGAUUGGCUGACCUGCACUGGGCUACCCCCCGUCUAGUGCUCCACGGUUCACCCGGCGUGCGCUCUCCCUGUGUCUCUCCCCCCUCUCUGCGCCGCCGCCGCCGCCCUACGCCAGGUGCCGAGCCCUUUGUUGGCCACCGAUCCACGCCGCCGCACGCGGCCCGCGCCCGCGCCCGCGCCUGUCACCUCCGCGGCUCCGGCCUCCGUGCCUUGGCCGUCUACCGCCAGGACUGCUGGCCGCCCCUGCCUCUGCCUGCCGCCCUGCCCUGUCCCGGUGUGCGGUGUCCCCUGUGGGCUGCGCCCUGCGCCCUGCCGGACGACCGCCCAGCGGCCAGCGCCCAGACGCGCUCGGAGCCCCCUGUCGUCUGUCGCCCAGAAGCCCUGCGGGACUACCGCCCAGGACUGCUGCCGCCUGCGGCCCAGGGGCACUGCUGCGGCCUGUCCGGGUCCGCCAGGGGCAGGAGCAGGGGAGCCGGGAGUGAAGGCUUGGAGCAAGCCUCUCAACAUGUCGUGGGCCGCAAUAGAGAAUGAUCCUGGUGUUUUUACAGAACUGUUGCAGCAGAUGCAACUGAAGGGUCUUCAAGUCGAUGAACUCUACUCACUUGACCUGGAUGCUCUCAGUGAUCUUCAGCCAAUCUAUGGGCUAAUAGUGCUAUACAAAUGGCGACCUCCGGAAAAGGAUGAGCGUCCUGUCAUCAAGGAUGCAAUCCCAAACCUUUUCUUUGCCAACCAGAUAAUUAACAACGCUUGUGCAACCCAAGCUAUCCUUUCAGUUCUCUUGAACUCUCCUGGCAUCACCCUUAGUGAUGAGCUUAAAAAGCUGAAGGAAUUUGCAAAGGAUUUGCCACCUGAGCUCAAAGGAUUGGCUAUAGUCAAUUGUGCAAGCAUUCGCAUGCUAAACAACUCGUUUGCAAGGUCAGAGGUCUCUGAGGAGCAGAAACCACAUAGCAAGGACGACGAUGUAUACCAUUUCAUAAGCUAUGUUCCAGUGGAUGGCGUCUUGUAUGAGCUUGAUGGGCUAAAGGAAGGACCAAUAAGCCUGGGAAAAUGCCCAGGUGGUAUUGGUGAUGCAGGGUGGCUUAGGCUAGUGCAACCUGUGAUUAAAGAGCACAUUGACAUGUUCUCUCAGAAUGAGAUAAGAUUCAGUGUGAUGGCAAUCUUAAAGAACCGGAAGGAGAUGUUCACAGUGGAGCUCAAAGACCUUCAGAGGAAGAGGGAGAGCCUCUUGCAACAGAUGGGUGACCCUUCUGCGAUCAGGCACGUGCCAUCUGUUGAGCAGUCGCUAGCGGAGGUGGCAGCUCAGAUCGAGUCUGUGACAGAGAAGAUCAUAAUGGAGGAAGAGAAGUCGAAGAAGUGGAAGACGGAGAACUUGAGGAGGAAGCAUAACUACGUGCCGUUCCUGUUCAAUUUCCUCAAGAUUCUUGAGGAGAAGCAGCAGUUGAAGCCCCUGAUAGAGAAGGCAAAGGCGAAGCAGAAGUCUCACGGCCCAAGUGCUAGGUGAAAAAAGCUGCGAUGCACCUACAGUCUCUUUUAGUUGGGGGUUUCUUGUAGAGAUUGGGCCUGUGUCCCUUGUUUUCUUGGCCAGUGUUUGAACCUUAUGCUUACCCCUAGUUUUAGGUAGCGCACAAAUGUCUGCCGUUACAUAUUCAGGUGAAUGAAUCUUGGCAUGGCGAGUGCCCCGUGGACUGUAUGCAGUCAUACUGUAUGAAACCAUGCAUGAUUUACCCAGUUUUUUUUUUCCUGGCAAACUAAUGGUGUCAUUUGCUGACACAUGUCAA